CAUGAUUGAUUGCGAAACAAACGCAAGUUUGAGACAAAGGAGAGAGAAAAAGACAGAGAAGCACGUAUCACUCACUCUCAGUGCCAGUACAGUAGAAGCAGUACCAUCAACUUUAUUUGCUUUUCUGUUAUCACUCUGCUCAGCCCCUUUACUCUGAGAGACCAUAAAUUUUGUGUACAGUUCAAUCUAUAAUUCGAUCAUCAUAAUCAUAGGGAAAAAUGUACGGUUAUUAUGAUCCUUGAUUCGCUUUGUGUUUGAUCUUCUUGAUCAAAUGGGGAGUGUUUCGUCAGAAGAUGAGCUCGAACGAUUGAGCGAGCGCUUCGAGAGCUACAGUAUCAGUGCGGACGUCAGCGAGUCCGAGAGUUCCGGUGGUGGCUUUUUGUGUCGGCCCUACUACGAUCACGAUUGCGAUACAGAGCCUUCUUCGCUCGCCGGACCAGACUUCUCCGAUAAUUCAGCUUUUCCGGCGCAGGUUCCGGUGACUUUGCCGGUGAUUGGCGGCAGACACGUCGUGAUUCCGGCGGAGGACGAGACUGAGAAACCGGAGAGAGAGUUAACUGAAUUAGAGUUGAUGAAAGAGCGGUUUGCCAAGCUUCUGCUCGGAGAAGAUAUGUCAGGUGGAGGGAAGGGAGUUUGUACUGCUCUUGCUAUCUCUAAUGCCAUCACAAAUCUCUCUGCUACUGUGUUUGGAGAGCUGUGGAAGCUGGAGCCAUUGGCUCCACAGAAGAAAUCAAUGUGGUGUCGAGAAAUGGAAUGGCUUUUAUGUGUGAGUGACUCCAUUGUAGAGCUCAUUCCAUCUGUGCAAGAAUUCCCAGGUGGUGGGACCUUUGAGGUUAUGGUAACUCGGCCUCGUUCAGACCUAUAUGUGAACCUUCCGGCACUCAAAAAACUAGAUGCAAUGCUGCUUGGCAUUCUUGAUGGGUUUCACGAUUCUGAGUUUUAUUAUGUUGAUCGUGGGAUAAUUGUUGCUGGAACUAAUGACAUAGAUACAUAUCAUUUAUCUACAUCCCCUGUUAGAACUUCAAUUAGGCAUCAAGAGAAAUGGUGGCUCCCCUUCCCUAAGGUCCCACCAAAUGGCUUAUCUGAAGAUGUAAGGAAAAAAUUGCAGCACUCCAGGGAAUGCACAAAUCAGAUCCUUAAGGCUGCCUUGGCAAUUAAUAGCAGUGUUCUGGCUGAGAUGGAUAUCCCAGUUGCUUACUUGGACAGCUUGCCCAAGAGUGGAAAAGCUUGUUUAGGAGAAAUCAUAUAUCGUUACAUUACUGCCGAGCAAUUCUCCCCCGAGUGCCUUCUUGAUUAUUUAGACCUUUCAUCAGAGUACACCACUCUGGAUAUAGCAAACAGGAUUGAGGCUGCUGUGCACAUUUGGAGGCAGAAGUAUCCAAAAGGUCAUUCAAUUCAUGCAAAGGCUGGAAAGUCAUCAUGGGGUGGCAAGGUUAAGGGCUUUGUAGGUGAUAUAGAAAAGAGUAAGCUUCUAGCAUAUCGGGCUGAGACCCUCUUACAGAAUUUAAGGCUACGGUUCCCCGGCCUCCCACAGACUGCUUUGGACAUGAGCAAGAUUCAGUAUAAUAAGGAUGUUGGGCAGUCAAUCCUUGAGAGCUAUUCCAGAGUGAUGGAGAGCUUAGCCUUCAACAUAAUGGCAAGGAUUGAUGAUCUCCUAUAUGUAGAUGAUGCCACUAAGCAACGUGCAGCAGCAGAGUCAACUUCUCUGUAUGACCGGGAAAGGUUUGGUUGUUCUCUUCCCAAACAGAAGUGGAUGUCACAGAGCCCCUUCUCAACUCAACACUCACCGUGUGCUUCUCCAUUCGCAAUACCAGCAUUCCAUUCCAGUCAAACAGCUGGAAGCCCCAGUAGAAGGACGCAUCAUGCUGUAAAGAGUUUGAGAGGAAAUAUGUCAUCGAGUGCUUCGAGUCCUUAAAAGCAGUCAUGAACCUGGGCGGAAGACCACAGCAUAUGCAUUGCACUUGAGUUUGGCUAAUCAGAUUGCAUGAUGGGGCUGUUGAAGCAGAUGUAUUUUUGGAGCAAAAGCAGCUUUGAAACCGGAAAGCAAUUAUGAAGGUGAAAACAAUGCACUCAGAACUUGGAUAGGGCUUAAGCUACUCAACAAUUUCAAGAUAGUUGCACGAUGAGAUAUUUAGUCAAAGCGGCAUUUCAAGCUCCUGAAUUUGAGCUUUAAAUUCUUUUCCUCAAAUAUAAUAACUUUUUGUCAUUA